ACUUCUUUAUCGGCGGCAUUUAAACGGUUUUGUGUUGUGACGUUUUGCUGUUUUAACGGUCGUUGUAGUUGAGCAAAAUCAAGUUUGUCGUCAAAAGAAAAAUUUAAAAUAUUGUUUUAAGUGGACAAUAUUUUAGUGUGUCAAAUAAAAUUUACAAAUUACUCUACAGUAUUCUAUAAUAUACACAAGAAAAAAUUGUUUGGUGGCAUUGCUGAAGUAAAAAUCGUUGGAGAAUGGUAAAAAACCGCAAAGAUUUGACGCCGAGACGAGGGAUCAGAGGAACAGCCGUAAAAUCAAGAGUUAGUGCCGGUGCUAACAUCAGGGUUGUUGUCAGAGUUAGGCCACAAAAUGCCAAAGAGACUGGAGAAAAUUUCAGGACGGUCGUCAAAGUUUCGGACGAGCAAAUGCUCAUGUUUGAUCCUGAAGAGGACUCGACGCCGUUCUUUUAUCACGGCGUUCAGCAGAAGGGAAGAGAUCUGCUCAAGAAACCUCACAAGAACAUGAAGUUUCUGUUCGACAGGGUUUUCCCACCCAUUGCAAACAAUGAGGAGGUUUUUGUGCAUAGCACCAAAGAUUUAAUUGAGACUUUAAUGGAUGGAUGCAACUGUUCUGUUUUUGUUUAUGGUGCAACUGGGGCUGGCAAAACCCACACCAUGUUAGGACAUAAUGGAGCACCAGGAAUAACUUAUCUAACAAUGAGGGAGUUGUUCCAUCAGAAGCAGGAGCUGACGACUGAGAGAGAUUUUGAGUUAGCUGUAAGCUAUUUAGAGGUUUAUAAUGAAAAUGUGCAAGACUUGCUGCAGCCAAAAGGUUCUCCACUGCAUCUCAGGGAAGACAGUAAAUUGGGUGUAAUGGUAGCUGGAAUAACAUUGAAAAGAAUAGAAAACCCUGAAGAUCUUUUUGAAUUAUUGGAAAAGGGAAAUAAAAAUCGAACACAACAUCCUACAGAUGCAAAUGCAGAGAGUAGCAGGUCUCAUGCUGUGUUUCAAGUGUACAUUCGUAUGAAAGUGAAGCAGACUGGGCAGACUAGGCUAGCAAAAUUAAGUAUGAUAGAUUUGGCAGGUAGUGAAAGAGGAGCUGCUACUGGUUGUAAAGGGGCUAGAUUCACUGAAGGUGCUAACAUCAACAAGAGCUUAUUGGCUUUAGGUAAUUGCAUCAAUAGUUUGGCUGAUGGCCAAAGACAUGUGCCAUACAGAGAUUCUAAAUUGACAAGAUUACUUAAGGACAGUUUGGGUGGGAAUUGUCAUACUGUUAUGAUUGCCAAUGUAUCACCUUCAUCUAUGAGCUUUGAAGACACUUACAACACAUUGAAAUAUGCGACCAGAGCAAAGAAAAUUAAAUCUAAUGUAAAGAAGAAUGUAGUCAAUAAUGAAUUAAAUGCAAGCCAUUACAUCAAAGUAAUUGAGGAAUUGAAUAAGGAAAUAUUGCAACUUAAGGAGGCAGCAGCCAGUUCAGAAACUGCCUGCACAAAAUGCAAAAAUAAUGACAAACCAAUGAAACAAGAGGUAGAGGUAGUGGAUAGUUCAGAAAUGCCUACCAAACUUAAGACAUUAUUUGAUGAAUACAUUAUGAAUCAGGAGAGAUAUCAAAAAUUGCAUUCCAAUCACGCCACUCUAGAUUACAGAUUGAAUCUUAAAGAUGAAACAAACAGUAGAUUGAGUGACUUUUGCGUUGAUUCUAGAGAGAAGGAAAAGGGUCACAAGAAGCUGGUGCAUACAAUAGAAACACUGAAGAAGCAAAAUAAUGCGCUCGUUUACGACCUUGACUCUUUGGAAAAGACGAUUGCCAGAAUUGAGGAGGAGAUUCAGAAUUUAGUGGAGGCAGCUCCUGACUUGAAAAUGCAGGCAGAGCUGGAACAGUGUAAAGUAGAUAAUAUGAAAAUGAAGUAUCAGUAUCAAGAAUUGCAAGGUAUCAAUAAAUUACAAUCGGUCGAGCUGAACACCAGAGGAGCUCUUAUGGAGAAUAUGGGCAGUCUGCUGCAACCGUGGUAUUACAUUCUCGAUGGACAUAACAUGAUGACGGACGAUAUGCGAAAGAAGUAUACAGAUCUGCGCGGUCGAUUGCAGGGGGAAUGCAAUGUGACCUUUGAUGACGCCGAUUCUGGACUGAGUACAUCUUCGUCAUCAUCGAAUAUAACAACCGUGGAAAAGGAUCUAAGACCGUUGAAGAGAAAGCUAUCGGAGGACAUGGACUCUACGUUUAUCUUAGGCUCAUCGACAAACAGUAAAAACGCUGCGGAUUAUAUGUUAUCUAAAGUCUGCGAACCGUCUCCCGCGAAGAAACUGGCAAAGUCUGCGAAAUUGACUUCACAAAUUGUACUGAAGGAGAACAGGCCACUAGUUCGAAAGGCUGUUGGUACCAUGGGAACCGCCUCCAGAUUCCCAGGUGCCCUGUCGAGUAUCACCUGUAAAACAACCAACAAAUAUACGUCCAAACAUUUGCUGGCCAAACAAAAAUGAGAACGUAUACCGUACGAGACGGGAAAUAAAGCAAUAGUCCGAAGAAGAUGAAGCACAGCCAGUGCUUGUUCGCAACCAAUGUACAUAUACUAAUUAUUUAUCUAUUUAUAACUCAAGUACUUCAGUAUUGUUGCGCCCAAAAUUAAGGUGCGAAUCACUUCCGGUAGCCUCGAUCGUUCUAUCAUCGCAAUUACAAAAAUUCCGAUCAUUAUGAACACGCCGAAACUGUUGAAGAUUUAUUUGUGAUACGCUAGCGGACUGUACUGCACCGGUAUCGGUAGCUAACUGGAUGCGACAAAGUCAUAGUGCGUUCCUGCUAUUCGGAUUAGACUAACCAACUAAUCGUUUUCUUCCAUUUUCUUUUAGUAUAGAUUCACAAAUUGUUAUCAAAUUGUCGGUCGGUUGAAGAUCUAUUCGGGUUGAUUACGUAAUUGUAUCUUUGCAUUGUGCGUUUCUCCAUGAGUUACGUUCGUAAACUCGCACGCUGCUGCUUUGGUUAAUGAAACACUAAGAACUUUGGUUUAUUAUUUUAAUGAUAUAUGUGUGCUUUGUUUAUAUUUUAAUUAUUUUACUACAG